UGUGUGAGUGAGGGAGAGAAAGAGCACGAGCAAGUAGCAAAGAGGAGAGGGAAUUUAAGAGGAGAGAGGGCGUGGCCUAGGAACGUACCGUGGGUAGAUACUCCUUCAGAGCAGCGCGAGCCGCUCCGCUCCGGUAGUACCGCAGCUUCACCGCGACGCGGAGAGAUGCUCGCCCCACGGCGAUGAGCGCAGAGCGGCUAGAGGAGGUCAUGUUUUCCGGGGAGCCCGCAGAGUCAUGCCCGCGCGUCGUCUUCAGCGGAACGGCCUCAGGUGGAGCAGAAGGCGGGGACAUAAUGGGGGAGGCGUGUCCUCACAAGCUUGGAUCGACCAAUCACCCGCGUCUCCUCCUGUACAUCCUCAUCCCGACCAUCAGCCUAUUGGCUGCUCUGCUGCUGCUCAUACUGGCACUGACAGGAAUCUUUGGCAGUGGACUUAUCGACUCCAGAAUCCAUUCCUCAUCUCCCUACGGUUCUGUCGCCGAUAGAAACCACCUAAACCAAUCGCUAUUUGACAAUGACAACGACAACUUCACCGCCUCCCAGGGAAACCAUAGCAACGGCGAUGAUGCCACACCCAGUGACUCACCGGUCACAGGUGGCCUCCCAUUGGACCGGACGACCGACCCCACACCUGCUGCCAACUCCGCCUCCCCGACGCCUGCCACUCAGCCUUACACCCUGGCGCCUGAUUUGUUGACCUCAGUGACCUCUCUGAGCACCUCCUGGCCAAUGAGCACCUCUCAGGAACCGGACACAGGUAGCUGCCAGGUGGUGUUGGAGCCUCAGUGUCACAUGUUACCCUACAACCAGACUUGGCUCUCCUCCUCGGUUGCCGUGGUGAAGAGCUCGGAGGUGGACAUGUUGCUACGGUUCUUCAGCUACCUGAGCAGGCUGUCGUGCUACAGACACAUCAUGUUGUUCGGCUGUUCCCUGGCUCUGCCUGAAUGUUCUCCCAGAAACCAAACGCAAGAAAGGAGGGUGGUGCUUCCCUGCUGGUCCUUCUGUGAGGCUGCGAGGGAGGGAUGUGAGCCCGUCCUCCAGAUGUUCAACGCCUCCUGGCCUGACUUCCUGAGAUGCUCUCAGUUCCAGAACCUCUCCUCCUCCUCCCCGUCGCCCCCGGAGACCAGCUGCUACUCCCCCCGCCAGGUCAAGGGGAAGCCCUCCGUGUGUGGGGGCCACAACCACUUCCUGUGUGCGACGGGAAUAUGUGUGCCCCAGAAACUCGUCUGCAACGGAUACAACGACUGUGACGACUGGAGCGACGAGACCCACUGUGUCUGCGGGGAGGGGGAGUUCCGCUGUGAGACGGGGCGCUGCCUGUCGCCCUCUCUGGUGUGCGACGGUUAUGAUGACUGCGGAGACCUGUCUGAUGAAGUCAACUGUGUGUGUGACCCAGCCCGUGAGCAUCGCUGUGGCGACGGCCGAUGUGUGUCUAACGACUGGCUCUGCGACGGGGACCACGACUGUGUCGACAAAACCGACGAGGUCAACUGUUCGUGUAAGAGCCAGGGUCUGCUGGAGUGUAGGAACGGUCAGUGUAUCCCCUCGGCGUUCCGCUGUGACGGAGACAACGACUGCAAGGACGGCAGCGACGAGGAGAACUGUCACCAGACCCAGACAGACUGUGUUCCUGGCCAGUCCAGCUGUAUCUCCAACCCCUGUCCUGCUCAGUGUGGAGCCAACAGCACCACCUGCCUGUCUCCACCAACAAACACCUCCUGCACUCAGUGUGAGCCGAUCACGUUGGAGCUGUGUAUGAACCUGCCCUACAACAGCACCACCUACCCCAACUACCUGGGCCACAUGUCCCAGCGGGAGAGCUCUGUCUCCUGGGAGGCGUCCCUGUUCCCCGCCCUGGUGCAGACGGGCUGCUACCAGUACCUCAUGUUCUACGCCUGCACCCUGCUGGUGCCCAAGUGUGACCCCGUCAGCGCCCAGAGGAUCCCCCCCUGCAGGUCUCUUUGUCGUAAGGCUAAGGAGCGCUGUGAGGCCGUGCUGGGGGUGGUGGGUCUGCCCUGGCCAGAGGGCUCAGAGUGUAACCAGUUCCCCCAGGAGGGAAACGCCACCUGUCUGCUACCUGAAGACGGCAUCGACGAGUGUUCGCCCAGCCACUUCAAGUGUCGCUCAGGGAGGUGUGUCCUAGCUACCAAACGCUGUGACGGACACCUGGACUGUGAUGACCACAGCGACGAGGACAACUGCGGCUGUGCAGAGCGGGGCCUUUGGGAGUGUCCCGGGAGCAAGGUGUGUAUCCAGAUCAGCAUGAUCUGUGACGGCUUCCCUGACUGCCCCCUGCUGGUGGACGAGGACAACUGCUCGUUGUGCAGGGACAACGAGCUGGAGUGUAACAACCACCAGUGUGUCCAUCGCACGCUGUGGUGUGACGGAGUCAAACACUGUUCUGACAGCUCAGACGAGUGGCACUGUGUCUCCCUGGUGGACGUCUCUGGGUGGGCGUUAACAGUGUUCAGGACGGGGUCCCAGUAUCAGGUCUGUGCUGACGAAUGGAACCCUCACCUCAGCCAGCUCACCUAUGUAAGGAGGUAA